AAGAAGAAAGGUUCGCAGUCGUUGUCGGCACUGUGGUACGAGUGGCUCACUGCCGAGCCUCGUGUAUACGCAUCACGCUCUGUCAAAAAGACAACACUGUACGAGUUUAGACACGCCGUAGGAUACAUGAUGCUGUUCUUACCGAAUGGCUUCGCACUAGACGUAGCCGCCUCUGCGUUCAAGAACGAGGUGCUCAACAUGGGGCAGCAUGCGCAAGCGAACGCUCUCGCCUUCUUGAAAGCAAACGGAUCUUCGGCUCUCGCUGCCGGCACCGCGUUGAAGGCUCUGCGCAAGCUACACAAGACCGGCAAACUGGAUGCCCUGAUCGCUGACUUCCACGAGCGCGUCACCAAUGGUGCCAUCGUUGAUCCAACCCCUGCCGCCGCACUUCCAACCUUCAUUCGACUACAACCAAACCUAUAA